UUUUCGUUCCGGGUGCGGUGACCGGAAGGGAAGGAAGAGGGGGGUCGGACCAUGUUUACGUUGGGCGGUAAUGGCGGCGCAGCGCUGAGCUGAGCUGAGCUUCGUUGUCGGGGCUGAAUUUACUGAGGGCGUUGCCAUGGAUCCCGCGGGCAAGCUGCCCCCUCCCGCCUUCUUUCAGAAAGGUGACGGCGGCUUCCAGGGCCAGCAGGAUGCCCCUUUCUCCAAGGCGGGGGAGCUGGCUGGGCCGCGGGCUCCGGCCAUCCUCGGCCCCUCCUUCAGCUUUAAACCCCACGGCCCCUUCCCGGCUCCCCUCAACUUCGGCGCCCCGAUGGCCUCCGCGUUCGGGCAGGUCGAGGACCGCUUGCGAGGGUUCGGGAGGCCGAGCGCCCCCCGGCCGCGGGCUGGCGGGCUGGACGCCAAGCCGCCGUCCAGCAGGCGGCCUCCGUUUUACUUCUCGCAGCCCCUGAGCGGCAGGGAAAUGGCCCUCUUCGCCCCUCCACAGUCCGCAGGCGGCCCCUCCUUCAGUUUCUCCCAGCCGACCAGCAGCGCGACCCCCUCCCCCCUCUACAGGUUGCCCCGGCCGCCUGCCGCUGUCGGUGUGCCGAGCGCCUUCAGCUUUUCGCAGCCGGCGGCCAUGAGCACCGCUCCCGGGGGCUUUCGCUUCGUCCAUCCCAGCCCCGGCAACAGCUCAGCCCCGUUCACCUUUUCUCAGCCGAGCUCGGCCGUCCCCGUCGACCACUCUGCGUCCAACAAGAAAGUGGCUGGUGAAGAAAAAGCAACUCCGAAGUCGGGCUUUGGAGGGACUGACCCAACGUCGCCGGGCUGUCAUGAGGGGAAACGCAGUGCAGCGGCGACCACUGCAACCCCAACAAAGUUUGGGCUCACUCCCAAACACGAAGGGCAGGAGGGACAGCUGACGCCCAGGAAGGGGAUGAAAAGGAAAGACAAGCGAGACCGGUCACCAUACCAGCUUGAGCACAGCGCUGCUAAAGAACAAGUCACAGAACCCAAAAACAGCCCAUCUCAAAGGAAACGGCUGUCGAAGGUCACGCCAUCAGCGGGAGUCUUCAGCCGCACGCUUCAAGAUGUGUUGAAGGGCAGCAAGAGGGAGUCAAAAAGAGUCAGCACACCUUCAGAAAGUGAAACGAUCGAAAAGUUAAAGCUGUUAUCUGAGACAAGCAUCCCUUUGGAGUGGCCUGCUCCAUUGAGAAAAGAACCAAGAAAGAGAGUCAGAGAUGAUUUUGCCAGCAGAUUUUGCUCUCGGAGGCUACGUCGUAGGGACAGCACGGACAGUCUAUCCGGUGUUCCUUUGUCAGACCUCACCACGAUCCAGUGCAAAAAUGUCCCAGUAGAUUUGAAUACAAAGGAGAUCAUUAAGAAACACUUCUCGCAGUUUGGCAAGGUGCAGCGGGUAUAUUGCCAAACCAAUAAGGGACUGGCAGUGGUUCACUUCUCUGAUCACGCGUCAGCGUCCAAUGCAAAGAGAAAAGGAAAAACUCUUCACAAGAAACAGAUUGAAAUAUUUUGGCAACGGAAAAAGAACAGUCCUGGGAAAAAGUCUUCACUGGAAAAAGAAGUACUGAAAGGCAAUGAAGAGAAACACAGCAAGGAUAAGGUUAACUUAGAACAGUCAUCUCCACGCAAUCCAUCGCCAAGAUCAUCUUCUGGAGCUCCUGUGAGCAAGUCGCCUGUGAAGAAACCAUCUGCUUUGAAGACUCUGCAGUCAGAGAAAGAAUCUCAGGAUCCACAAGAGACUGAAGAUCAGGUAUCAAUUCCUGAACAUGUGGGGGCACUACCUUCCUCCCUCAGUCAUCUAACUGGUACAGUUGCCAUCACUGCUGAAGACAAAUACAGGGUACUUGACCAGAGGGACAAGUUAAUGAGACAAGCUCGAGUGAAAAGAACUGAGCUGGAGAAGGCAAAAGCUGUUGUGGGGACAUGUUUGGACAUGUGUCCAGAGAAAGAGCGUUACAUGAGGGAGACAAGAUACCAACUUAGCUCUUUUGAGACUAUUCCUGGCACUGAUAAGGUUAGCCAUGAAGCUGCCAUCAAAGAAUAUAGCAGGUCAUCUGCCGAUCAGGAAGAACCUUUACCCCAUGAGCUUCGGCCUGCUCCUGUCCUGAAAAUGACCAUGGAUUAUCUUGUGACAAAGAUCAUGGAUUUGGGUGAAGGCAAUUACCGGGAUUGGUAUGAUUUUGUAUGGAAUAGAACUCGUGGAGUAAGAAAGGAUAUUACUCAGCAGCAUCUCUGUAAUCAGCUGACUGUGGCACUUAUUGAGAAAUGUACACGGUUCCACAUCCACUGCAGUCAUCACCUUUGUGAGGAGCCAAUGUUCUCCUAUGAUGCCAAAAUAAAUGAUGAAAAUCUGACUAAGUGCUUGCAAAGUCUAAAAGAAAUGUACCAGGACUUGGCAACUAAGGAUACCUACUGUGAGAAUGAGGCAGAGUUUCGAGGCUACCAUGUGCUACUCAAUCUCAAUGAGGGAGAUAUUCUCCGAGAAGUCCAGCAGUUGCGUCCAGUUGUCCGGAACUCCCCAGAGGUGAAAUUGGCAGUCCAGGCCUUUGCUGCUCUUAACAACAACAACUUUGUGCGGUUUUUCAAGCUGGUUAGAUCAGCCUCUUAUCUCAAUGCUUGCAUAUUGCACCGUUACUUCAAACAGGUACGUCGUGAGGCUUUGAAGACUUUGACUUUUGCAUUCACAGUCAGCUCUCAGCGAUCUACAAUGUUUCCAAUAGAGACUCUUGUUCGAAUGUUGCUAUUUAAAGAUUGUGAGGAGGCAGAAGAAUUCACCAGGGAUUAUGGUCUAAGUUUAAAUGAUGGAUGUGUUGAGUUGAACCGAUCAGCGUUAUCUGAUCCAGAUUAUCCAUUGUUGCCCAAGAAGUCCCUGUUUAUUGAUCAGAAACGGACUACACUGAUUGGGGAGGUCGUGAAUGGAGGACCUCUACCAUUAUUUACACCACACACCCCUGUUUUGAGCUUUGACACUCAAGGGCGAUAUAUUGGGGAGAGCCGUGAGUCAAACAUUGCUGGCCAGAAACCAAUCAUGAGUGAAGAAGGUGGUCAAGAAGCAGCAAAGAAAGUUGAAACUCCACUUAUUACCUCGUCUGUACCACUAGGGAACCAAACUUCAGCCCAAGAAAUGCCUGCUGUCGCACAGUGCUCUCCGUCAUCGCCAUUGCCUCAGGUUGCUGCUCCAGUGGUUGCAAUGGUGCCUAUCGUCCCUCAGGUGCCUGUUGUGCCUAUCGUCCCUCAGGUGCCUGUUGUGCCUAUCGUCCCUCAGGUGCCUGUUGUGCCUAUCGUCCCUCGGGUGCCUGCUGUGCCUAUCGUCCCUCGGGUGCCUGCUGUGCCUAUCGUCCCUCGGGUGCCUGCUGUGCCUAUCGCCCCUCAGGUACCUGCUGCACCUCCACCCAAGCCUCAACCAGUCUAUUCUGAAAAGAUGAUAGUUGAAGUCGUCAAAGAUGUGGUAAAUGAUAUAGUGAAGGAUGUUCUCCGUGUGGAGUGUAAAGAACUGGCAAAAGCAGGGUCAGCUUUUGCUGCUGAAGCCAUCAGUUUGUCAAACAGAUCAUCGGAGGAGCUGAUAGCAGAAGUUACCAAGGAUAUGCUGAUGCAGACUUCAUCUGAGGAGCUUCAGGCAGAGAGACAGAGGAUUGAAGAUGAAAAACGCAGAAUUGAACAGGCCAGAUUGAAGAAGGAACGGGAGUUGUGGAAGAGCCAGUACAGUCAAACACUGUGUGAGGAAAUUACAGAGCAAGUUGUGGAUUACUCUGUAAGGAAAUGUGCUAUUCAGGAGCUAAGGCUUGCAGUGGAGGCAGACAGGCGAGCCCGGAUUAACCGCUGUUCAACAGAGUUCUGCAGCUGCCUCAUUAAAGAAACACUGGACAGUGAGAUCUUCCAAGUAGUGAAGGAGACUCUGCAGGAAGUGCAUUGUUUCUGCAAAUAUUUAAAGAAAUGGAGAGCUACUGCAGAAGCUCGGAAACGCCUGAGGAAUGAAAUGUGGACAUUCCCAGCAGCUCCAGGCAUGGCUGGGCCCAACUGCAAACUGAGUCCCCACCUGGAGAAUCCAGACCUGCCACACGAUGACAACCUCAGCAUCUCAUGUCUCCGAUUGCUGCAGAGGAGGAAGGAGACUGCUCAUCAAAUGAAGGUUCAAAACAUUUACCAGCAGCUCCUCUGUGAAGCUGCCUGGACUCCUUUGGAUUUGUUCACAUUGGUGGCAGAUAACUUCCCAACUCGUCAAGACAGAAUCUUCUGGAAGGUUGUUCUGCUGUUGCCAAGUGAUGAUCAAUAUGGACUUAGUGAUAACAACAGAACUUUGAUUGAUUGGCUGAAAGCAAAAUUCCAAGGAACUGAAAAGCUGGAUGAUGCUGAUAAUGUCAUUCAGACACAUCUAUGUGAAGCAGUGAAGAAGGACGAAGCAAUUGAUGUACUUGUGCACAUCUGUGUUAAGUUGACUAAAGGCCCUCUAAGUAACACAGACGUGGAUGCAAUGGAACAGCGGAAGGAACUGCUGGGAACAUCUGCUCUGAUCCUCUUGCUACCAGCUCGAGAAGAAGGCACUGACCAGGAGGAGGAGGAAGUGUACUGGCUGUCAGCAAUGCUGCAAGUCAGACAACUUUUACAAGCUAAACCUUUAAAUCCUGCAGUUCCACUGGUCAUCCUUGUUCCUUGCGAAGAAACAUCAUUGAAUGAGAAAGAGGUGAUAGAAGGUCUAAAACUUGAAGAGCUAGUAGCCACUCACCUCGUGUCUGAGUAUUUGAUUGUCCUGAUCCCGGGAAAAAGCAACUACCUUCAGGGAUCAAACAAGGUCUCUGAAGCUGUAAGGUGGCUGGCCUCAUGUUGUCCAUCACCGCCAGAGCUUUGCUGCCAGACUCUGAUCCAGUUCAUUGAGGAUGGGCUGUGCCGAGAGUUUAGUGACCAGUUUUACAAUGAUAAAUCUGAAAGGCAACAGGCUGCAUUGCCUUCCCAGGAUCCCAGCUUCAUUAUUGAGUUUUACAACAAUGUGCUGCGUUUCCUUGCAGAGGUAGUGUCCUCUGAACAACUGUACAACCUUUCUUGGCCAGUUGCUGAAUUCUGUGGACCUGUUGCUCAUGAAAUAGUGGCACACAAAGAAUGGAAUUCCAGUAACCACCUAACCUGGCUAAGGAAUGCAGUGCUGUCUUUUCAGCUGCCAGUGAUGGAUCUCCCUCCCUUGAUUGCUCCAUGGGCUAAGGUUUGUGAUAUGAUCUUCCAUUACGUGUGUCAGGUCCCAGUGUCACAGCAAACUCGUCCAUUGCUGCUUUCAAGGGUCGAGCAUCUCCUGAACACAGUCUAUAGCAAAUGGAGAGACAGCUGUCCUUUGAUGUUGCAAACCUCGACUGAUGAGGGGCCAUUGGUUUCAGAAAUACCUUGGGAUGAAAUUGUUCUCAUAUGCAUUGACCAUCGAUUGAGAGAAUGCUUAGCCCCGAAACAACCUUGUGCUUCAGAAGCUAUAAGUGAAGAUGGUCAGAUCCUAGUCUAUUAUUUUCAGGACGAUUUGAAAAAAUAUAAAUGGCCUCCGUUGUGGGAACAGGCACGAUCAAAUACCCAGAUGGAAAUCCAAGAAGCCCCUCAGAGGUUGCCACAGAAGCAGGCAUACUCCUCAGUUAAGCAGAGGUCAGAAAAGCGAUCAUACGCUGUGAAGGACAGUUCUGAAGAAACCCUUCAGGACAGGACUCCUUCUGCUCUGGAUAUUACCCAUACUGCUACAGCAGCAGAACUUCUACCAGGACGAUUGCUGUCUGAAAUUGAAAUAGAAAGAAAGGAGAAUAAAAGGUAUGAGGAGCAACUGCAUCGCUGGCUGGAUGAGGGCCCGUUUGAUUCGAUUGCUUUACCUGUUUACCUCCCACAGAGUUUGGUUUCUGCUGAAGUUGUUGUCCCUAUGCCCAGAGUGUCUACUGUAACCACAGUACAGGAGGAUGCUACUAAUGGACACAGUAAGGACAUCAGUAUGAAUAACUCAGAUUGGCUAAACGAUUCAACAAUGACCUUAUCAGAUAAACUGAAAGAGUUUAAAAGAUUGAUCCAAACCAAUCAAGAGGAAGAACUGGUUUGUGAGCGUCACCUGUCUCUCUUACUAGAAGUAGCUGAAACCUGAUGGAACCAGCAGACAAGCUGGUGUUUGACAUAUAUUAUAGACACUGCUUGAGUGGAGCUUCACUGAAGCUUGAGAACUUUUCUCAUUUCCAUUGUUCCGCUUCUUCAAAUAUGCAUUCAAUAUUUGUUGCUGCCAAUAAUGUGAUUUAAUCUACAACUUAAUACUCCAGACAAUGUUUUAACUGGAUUUCAUUCAACUUACUCCCAAUUAUUUCUAGAAAAUGACUUUCUUUAGCUACUGAAACUUUACUUUGAUUGCAGAAAAUCAACUUUGCACCUGUUAUGUUUUAGUAAAGUUAUGCUUAUUAUUGAAAUGUGGUGAUAUAUCACCUUGGUUUGCAGGUUUUUCUUCCCCAGUGAAAGGAAUUGUAAGAUGUUGACAAGGAUAACUUGCAAGCACAGUGUUAAGAUCUGUAGACACCAUGCAAAAUAAGGCAGCUUCAACAAUAAGCAUUAGGAUGAUUUGGUCUGCUGGUUUUUAAUACCUUUAGUAACACUUGAAUAUGCGAACUUCUUUGAUCAUUUAUCUUAUUUCAGAAAGGUAAAGAGGAAAAAUCAAGUUCAGACAUGUUAUUGCACUGACAGCUUUAAAAGGAACUGAAACGUUUGUGUGGUGCUUUGUAUUAUGUACAGUUUUUUUUGAGACCACAAUAGUCUUUUUAAAAGUGUAGCAGCUUCCCCAAAGGAAUGGAAAAGACAUUGUUGGUCAUGACGUAUGUAAGUUUCCUAUUUAGAGUUUUAACCUUUUUCAAAUGUAGAUAAUAUGUUUCAGAUAUUUGUUUCAUUCCUUUCCAGUAAAAGGUUAGGUCCAUGUAAAGAUUCAAUUUACAUCUGUAUGUUUUAAUGGACAUGGGAAUUAUCUGUUAUAUAAUGUAAUGCUUUAAACACGAUUAAAAUGAUUGAUCUUGCAUCUAUUUGAAAUGACUGGCUGUUGUUUGGUACAGCAAAUGAAUAGGAACAAGUAAUCACACGGUGGCUUCAAGUUACAAUUUGUUACACACUCCAGGUUGAUUUGUGUUAAUGUGUAUUCCAACAUUAAGCAUAAAAACUGACAAAAUAGUGGAUACUGUAAGUCAAAAACAAAAAUCACUGGAAAAGCUCAGCAGGUCUGGAAACAUCAGUGGAGAGAAAUCCCGAGUUAACAUUUGGGGUCAAAUGACCCUCUGGGCUGAAAAAGGGAGACAUGGAAUUGGAAAGUGCAAAUUUGACAUUUUACAGGUAUUGCUGGACCUGAGCUUUUCCAGCAAUUUCUGUUUUUGUUUCUGACAUUGUGAUGUACAGCUUGUCUAGAGAUAACUGGCAAUAAACUGUUAACACAGUUUUAAAA